GAUAACGAUUUGAGGUGAAAGAAUUGUUCGACCAGUACAGCAAGUCGUGAAAUAACUAUGCAACUGUGUGUGAUGUUUGGUUUAUUGUUGGCUGCUGCGACGGUUCUCAUUUCGAAUGCCAACGCAUGCACGACUGAUUCGGACUGUCCAGAUGGAUGUUGCUUCUCUGACAACCGUCAUCCUGUUGCGAAAUGUUAUAAUGUUUCGCAUUUAUCCGAGCCCUGCCAUCUUCCAAACCACCAUGUUACAUACCAACUAUAUCCAUGCGGAUGUGCGCAAGGUUUAGUAUGUGACGAGAUCCACUUCGACCUAACAGUCCCCGACCCUGUCCAUGACGCUGAGGCCAUUUUGCUUCAACACGGCUAUGGUCUGUGUAUGACCACAGUUGGAAACGUGCUCGGAUAGGACGUGUGGCGUAUCAUGACUUUCUGAUAUAGUUUGUUAUAGAAAUAAAAUUGGAAUAAUAAA